UUCUCGUCGUCGCGUCCAGGCAAAGCCAACAAAUGUUCGCAGAUGGCAGAUUUGUUGUUUGGUGCGACCUCGAACCAUUUGAAGGUUGACAUUGUCCGCGCGAAAGAAUCCUCUGCAAAACACACAUCCAGAGACAGCAUCGAGCGACCAAGUUCAGUAGACCGGAUCACCAAGACUAUCACAGGGACGGAGCUGUCAGAUUUGAAAUCGAACGGCGCACCCCGCAGAUCUUUAUUGUAUUGUUGUAUCAGCCGUCAGUCUGUCGUUAAUAAAUGAUUUUAUAAUUGGACCAAUUAAUGGCUGAUAUCUGCCACCAUACUCACUCAGUGAUGAACCGGAGCCAUUCCAGUUUCUAUAAAGAUUGUUGAACGACUUCCGCCAAAGCGCAGUUCAAGCGCGGAUUACAGCGGGAAAAGUUCACGUCGGCCCUCGUGGGAAGAGAGAGAGCAAUAUUUCGGAAUGCAGAAUUUGGCAAACUGGCUCCCAAGAUGACGUACCGUUAUCUGUCUAGAAUAACGUGCCUAGUGAUUAGCUGGUAACAAGAGGACAAGUUCUUUCCCAGUUUUGCGAUAAGAGGGCGAUAGUUUUCCGAUAUUGAAGUGUCAAAGUGAUUUGAGUUGAGUUGCUUCCGAUUAGGUCAGUUUUUCCUGUAACAUAAACGUGAUUUACUCUUCGAAAGGGUAUCAUCUGUGAGUGCGGUGACGUAAGCAAAAAAAAAAAAUAGUAAAAUUUAAAAGUUUCAAAAUGUCGGAUGAAAUGGAUCCGCCAGUGAAGCGGGAGAGUUCGUACCAGCAUCACAUCAGUGAUAAGGUGAUUAUGGAGCACAUGCUGCGAGAACGCUUCGAGCAUGCGAAAAAACAGGAGAAGGAUUAUUCCCAUCUCUUCAGACCCAAACGCGCCUGGGAGCUGGUUCGCCUGGCGUUGUACCAGCUAAGUGUGGAGUUUUGUUACGCUGCCGAGACCGGAUUUGCGUCCCCGAUCAUCCUGAGCAAUGGGCUGAGCCACACCUUCAUGACAAUGAUCUGGGCCUUUUCGCCGGUGUUGGGCUUUCUGUUUGCCCCGGUAGUGGCAGCUUUUAGCGAUCAAAUCCGGCUCAGUUGGGGCCGUCGAAGGCCCGUUCUGAUAGCUUUGGCAUUGGCCGUUUGUACUGGGUUGUGCAUUUUGCCGCACGGAAAAACGCUCGGUAUCCUGUUGGGUGAUGACGAUGUUCCGGUGGAGGAAAUGUCUGGAUUCCGAUGGGGAAUUGUGCUAACCACUAUCGGGUUGGUGCUGACUGAUUUCGAUAUCGAAACGAGCAGUGGAAUUGGAAGGGCGUAUUAUAUGGAUAUGUGCAUAAUCGAUGACCAUCCCCGGGUGCUAACGACGGCCAUGAUCGUCGGAGGAAUCGGGGGCACGGCUGGCUACACUCUCGGUGCCAUCGAUUGGUCCCAGAACAGUUUCGGAACGGCAAUGGGAUCGAACGAGGCGGCCGUUUUCCUGUGUGUGGUGAUCGUUAUGCUGAUCGGAGUUCUAGUAACUGUUACAAGCUACCGGGAGGUUUCGCUGCCACAGAUGGAAAAGGAUGCACUCCUGCGACCGAUAACGCAAUCGAUGUUCGAGGAAGAGAAAAAGCGACAACUAGCUAUUUAUAGUGUUUCCGGUGUGGUGUUGGAGCCUAGGAAAUCUGUGGAUGGUUAUUCGAUAACUGUUGAUGAGAAGGAAGAACCAUCGAUCUCUUGUGGAAACUUUUUCAAAAAUUUGAUACACAUGCCGAAGUCUUUGGCGAUUUUGUACUUGACACAAUUUUUGUCAAUGUUUGGAUAUCUUAGCUACUGCAUGUACUUCACUGAUUUUGUUGGAUCUGCCGUUUUCGAAGGGGAUGUGACGGCUCCAACUGGUUCGCCAGGAUUGAUUUUAUAUGAGGAAGGUGUCCGAUUCGGCUGCUGGGGAAUGGCUGUAUUCACUGGUUCAUGUGCUCUCUAUUCUUUGAUGAUCGAAAAACUGAUAAAAUAUUUUAGUGCUCGAUAUGUUUAUGUCGGUGGAAUCCUGGUCUACAGCAUUGGGAUGCUGCUAAUGGCCGUCUUCCGAACCAAAUGGAUGGUGCUCGCCUGUGGACCCACGGUUGGCAUCAUGUAUGCUACCAUCUAUUCGAUACCGUUUCUGGCCAUUUCUCAGUAUCACGCCAAAAACUCGUUUGCCAUUAAGGAUGGAAAAUACGCAGAGUCCAACCAGAAACGUGGUUUUGGAACUGAUGUAUCUAUGCUCAGCAGUAUGCUGUUUCUGGCUCAGCUUAUCCUCGCACUCGGAAUCGGCAGUGUCAUCGACGCCAUCGGGGACACCACGGUAAUAAUCUACACGGCCAGUUUGUUCUCGUUCUUCGCGGCCAUUUCGGCAACACAGGUUCUCUUGAUGGAUCUUUAAAAACACCACCAGCAGCAGCAGCUGUAGCUUUCAUUCAGCUUUACUCAGUGUAAAUCGACCCGAACCACCCAAAGCUCAUUGCGUCGUCACGUUGCGUCGCGACGCCGCGAGGUUGACGAUCGAAGUUGUUGCGCGUACCUAUAUCACAAAGUCACAUAGGAGGCACGCGCGCGGCAGCGGCGGCAACUUAACGACUUUAUUAGCGACUGCUGCCAGUCAGAUAACGUGAACGAAAGAAACCAUCAAUGAAACCUGAGCUGAGCUCUUCACUUUACUUUCUGCUUGAGAGGAACUUACUUAUUUGGGAGAGAAGUUUUGCCUUCUCUUUAUUUAUGGAAAUGUGAUACUUUUUAUCUGAAUUGUUUUUAUCAUGUUUUGUGCAAUGUUGUCCGUGUUAGUUAAAAAUAAAUAAAUACUUUUCAUAGA